GGGGGGGGAGUAAAACAAAAACAUGGACAGCGGCAAGAGAAACAACUCACCACAGUGGACUAGGGUGAAGGCUGUGUAGACGUCACGAGAUCAUGUGACAUUCCUCAGGAUAGUUGUCCUGCCUUCCUGCGACCCAUAGGCUGAGCAGCAUAUUCCGGGCACCAGUGCCCCAUUACAGGGGUCAUAUGCGUGUUUCAUAUAAACACUACAGGUGCCGCAGUUGUGAUUGUUUAAAAAAGAAAAAAAAAGCCCAUGAACCCGGAAAGAUAAGACUAUAGUAUUAAGAAUGAUGUCGACUACUGAACUGGCGACCCCUAAGCCCCCUGAAUCCAACAAUCCUCUAGAAGGUGUACUGACUGAGGACCAAAACUUAUUCAAGACAUGCGGACAGAUUGGAUUUUACAGGAGACAGAAGCUCUUUCAUCCUGAACGGUCCCCAUACUCUGCUCAGUUGGACACACUGAAUAUAGAGAAUGGCAUUGUCACUGUAAAGCUCGUCCAUGAGGAAGCACAGGUACCAUUAAAGCUACAAAUCACUGCAGUUGAAGGAAAUAUCCUAAGAAUAAAGAUAAACGAGGAGUCGCCUUUGAAGCCCAGAUUUGAGGUCCCUGAUGUUUUGGUGAAGGAACCAGAUACUGAACAGCUGAACGUCGCCAACCUGGAGGCCGGCGGUCUAGUUCUAGAACAACCAAGUAGCUCAUGUAAAAUCCAUCUCACUGCCGAGCCGUUCUCUCUGCUGGUUACCCAGGAGGACAGGGAACUGAUCAGUGUUAAUCCUCAAGGACAAUUAUACUUUGAGAAUGCUGCCGCUCCUUCCAAGGAAAGGGGACUGGAAGAGACUAAACUCACAAAGAAAAUGGCUGAAGGCUGCCAUUAUUGUAAUAUGGCCUGGGCUAUAAGAAAAUUACCAAGGACUCAGAAACUGAGCUUCAGCCUGGUGGGCGAGACCAUACAGCAGUUUCACAGAACAGGCCUCUACAUGGUCGAUAUCCUGAUAUUGUAUUUGAAAACAGACGAUCUGUUCGGAGUGUGGAAAGAAAACUCUGCAGAUUUUCUGGACCUGAAACAUCCUUCGUCUGUGGGGCUGGAUUUUACUUUGCACGGGUUUGAAAAUGUUUAUGGACUUCCAGAACAUGCGGAUACGCACCAGCUGCAAGAUACAAAAGAGAAUGAAGCAUACCGGCUCUACAAUCUGGAUGUAUUUGGAUAUCGGGUCUAUGACAAAAUGGGAACCUAUGGAUCUGUGCCUUUGCUGCUGGCACACAAAGUGGCACACACAUGUGGCAUUUUUUGGCUAAAUGCAUCCGAGACCUUAGUAGAAAUUCACUCUAAAGCAGCCUUGCAGCCUCCUAUGCACUUGGCCACACCGGAUAUACAGAAACAAAGGGCGGUGCCCAAUACAGACAUCAGAUGGAUGUCAGAGAGCGGAGUGGUAGAUGUCUUUUUGUUAACUGGACCUGCACCCCAGGAUGUAUUUAAACAGUACUCCCAGCUGACAGGCACCCAAAUGUUUCCUCCUCUCUUCUCCCUGGGAUAUCACCAGUGUCGUUGGAACUACGAGGACGAGGCCGAUGUUGACGCUGUAGAUUCGGGUUUUGAUGAUCACGAUAUCCCUUAUGAUGUUAUAUGGUUGGAUAUUGAACACACAGAUGGAAAGAGAUACUUUACCUGGGACCCGGAGAAAUUUCCGAACCCUGUCAAGAUGCAAGAGAAUCUUCAGAAGAAAAGACGCAAGCUGGUUGUUAUCUCCGACCCUCACAUAAAAGUUGACCCUAAGUAUACGUUAUACACAGAAGCUAAAGAAAAGGGUUACUUUGUGAAGAACAUAUAUGGAAAGGACUUUGAAGGCAACUGCUGGCCAGGUACUUCCACCUAUCUGGAUUUCACAAACCCUGCUGUCCGAGAAUGGUAUUCUUCUCAGUUUUCAUUUGAUAAAUACAAAGGUUCCACUGAUGUCCUAUUUAUUUGGAAUGAUAUGAAUGAGCCCUCAGUGUUUAAAUCGCCUGAACAGACCAUGCCAAAGGAUGCUGUGCACCAUCAAGGGUGGAACCAUAGAGAUCUCCAUAACCUUUAUGGAUUUUAUCAGCAAAUGUCUACCUCGGAGGGUCUCAUUCAACGUUCUGGAGGAAAGGACAGACCGUUUGUUCUCACACGCUCUUUCUUUGCUGGGUCUCAGCGUUACGGUGCUGUGUGGACUGGAGAUAAUAAAGCAGAAUGGGAGUAUCUGAAAAUUUCGGUACCAAUGUUACUAACGCUCAGUGUAACCGGGAUAUCCUUUUGUGGAGCCGAUGUCGGAGGCUUUGUUGGGGACCCAGACACUGAGCUCCUUGUCCGAUGGUACCAGGCUGGUUCUUUCCAGCCAUUUUUCCGAGCUCACGCAAUGCUGGACACAAAGCGCAGAGAACCUUGGCUAUUUGGAGAAAACAACACUUCCAUAAUCAGGAGAGUCAUACAGGAACGCUAUGCUUUGCUUCCUUUUUGGUACCUUCUGUUCUAUCGUGCACACGUAUUUUCUGAGCCAGUGAUGAGGCCCUUGUGGGUUGAAUUUCCUACAUAUCAGGAUGCUUUCAGGGUCGAUACGCAGUACAUGCUAGGAAAUGCUUUAUUAGUUGCCCCAGUUUUAGAACCUGAAGUUACUUCCAUUGAUGUGCUUUUUCCUGGCCAUGGAGAGUACUGGUAUGACUUUCGAAACCUCAAUCGUGUUGGAAGUUCUGACAAACAAAAAGUGAAUGUCACAAUAAAAGAGAUUCCAGUUUACCAACGUGGAGGCUCUAUUAUCCCUAUGCAUACAACAAUUGGCAAGUCAACAGGCUGGAUGGAGAAUUCUCCGUAUGAGCUACGUAUAGCUCUAAAUCAUAAGGGCACAGCGGUGGGAGAAGUCUACAUUGAUGAUGGCCAUUCCUUUCAGUACCUCCAUGAGCACAUGUUCAGCUACAGAAGAUUCACUUUUGAAAAAAAUGUUUUGUACUCAAGAUCUUCUGACAAAGUAGGUUCCUACCCAGCGAAAUCCACUCUGGAAAAUGUUCAUGUGAUGGGUGUGAAGAAAUCCCCAUCUGAAGUCAUUGUCCAUCAAGCUGGGGGAAAGAAGAGAAAGCUGAACUAUACAUACAACAAGAUCCUCUGCGUCCUAAAGAUAGAAAAUCUUUCUUUAGAACUUUCUGUGGACUGGGAGAUUCACAUAAAAUGAGAUUUACCUUCUCCAUCUGUGAUACUGUUGGGAUUUUAGCAGAUGUCAGACAUCAUGUGAUGUGAUCAUUAUUUUAAUGCAAAUGAUUUAUUUUAUUUGGUGAAUAAACCAGA